CGCUGUGGGCUUCUCGGCGGCAAGAAGAACCAGAAGAGCUUCCUGACUGUCUCCCCUGGCUCUCCAAAGAUGGCGGACACGUGUGGCCAAGUAUUGCUGGGAUCAGGGUUCACCGUCCUCUCCCAGCCUCUGAUGUACAUCAAAGUCCUGAUCCAGGUAGGACAUGAGCCGCUCCCUCCCACCAUGGGCAGGAACUUGUUUGGCAGACAAGUUUACCAGCUGCCUGGACUGUUUGCUUAUGCAAAACACAUAAUCCAAAUUGAUGGAAAAGCGGGGCUCUUCAAAGGACUUGGUCCAAGGCUCUGUGCAGGCACCAUUGGCACUGUUGUGCACAGCAAAGUUUUGCAGUGGUGUCAGGAACAAGGCACAUCUCAGGUACUGGGCAUCCAGCAGAAGGCGGUGGAGGGCUCCCUUCAGCAUGUUGUUAAUGAGACAACUAAAGAAAUGAUAGCUCGUUCCUGUGCCACGAUUGUCACACAUCCCUUUCAUGUGAUUACUUUGCGGUGUAUGGUCCAGUUUAUUGGGAGAGAAACAAAAUACAGUGGUGUGUUUGACUCCAUCAUCACAGUCUACAGAGAAGAAGGCGUACUGGGUUUCUUUGCUGGUUUGAUUCCUCGCCUGCUCGGUGAUGUGCUGUCCCUGUGGAUUUGCAACCUACUGGCACACCUCAUCAAUACAUAUGCCAUUGAUGACUCGAUGAGUCACACAGGCGAAAUUAAGAACUGCUCCCAGGCUGUAACAGGGUUCUUUGCCAGUAUGCUCACAUACCCUUUUGUGUUGGUGUCAAACCUCAUGGCUGUCAAUAACUGCGGGCUCGCUGGAGGCCUGCCUCCCUAUGCAUCAAUAUAUCCCACCUGGGUGGACUGCUGGAGACAUCUAAGCAGAGAGGGCAACAUGAGCAGAGGAAACAGUUUAUUUUUUCGGAAACGUCCUGCAGGAAAGAUGUACGCAAUUGAACAGAAGAGAUUUUUUUGAAGCCUCAAGAGAGCUAAGCUGAACAUAGCUGUGAUAAUGUAACAGAAAAAAAAAUCAACAAUGCCUGAACUCGUGCUGGACAGUCGGCACGUUAUUCUUUGUAUGCACUUGUUUACUCUGAGGUUUUUUUCCCUAAAACUGGCCACAUUGUGAUUAAAGAAAAAUAUAAAGUUUCCAGUUUACCUCUAUCAGGUUGUUUUAUUAAUAGAAAUGUAUUAACGGAUUGAAACUGCAGGCUCAUUAUACAGUGAGAUGGAUCAGGAUCUCUUCUUUUGAAACCCACAUGUAAUUUUAAAAAAAUGGGAGGAUGACUUGUAGUUGCAACAACCCAUGCAUACUGUUAUGACAGACCAAUGUGUUAUCCCCCAUGUUUUUAUUAUCUAUAGUGAUAUAUCAUUAACUCCCCUUCCUCCGUGUGAUGGGAUUGUUUUGUUGAAAAAAAGCACUUCAGUCUGCAUGUGGUAAUUUCUAAAAUUCACACUAAUGAUCAAGUGGGACCUCUUGUCAUGUGGUAUUGUCUUCUUGUGUUAGUCAUUCUAAAGCUUAUUGCUGGAUGGGCUUGUAAUGCUUAUGAAAAGGAGGUGAAAACUCUGAGGUGGAGGUUUUCCAGGAGCAUAUGUUCUUGUACAGGGGCAUGGAGAAGAGCCUAUACUGACCAAAAUCUCUGACACUGAACAUUUAAGUGCUGGUAUAAGCUCAUCCUGACUGACCCAAAUAAAAAAAUACGCUUUUUGGA